UGCUGCCUUUCAACUAAAAGCUUUUUGUGCUUCCAGUGAAGCAGAAUGGAGGGGAGAGAGAGCAGAUGGGAGUGGUUAGAGGAGAGGGGAGGGAAAAUAAAGGGCCUCCCUCACCGUUGCCAGGGCAACUUGAUGUCACGGUGACAUCACGCACCACUAAAAGCUUUUAACCGGAUUCCUCUCCUGCCUUAGGCCCCAUUUUGAGUCCUCUUUCAGCUAGACUAGGGGGAAAGGCACCGGCAGGGUGGUGGUGUGUGUGUGCCUUCCUGCUUCUAUCCCUCCAUUGCCGGAGACUCAACACCGCUCUUUAGCACAGUAAAAGGCUUUCAAAACCAACCUCUAAAGCUCUGCAAACAGAGCCGGCUCAGGUCAAGAGAGUCAUUUAAAAAAUUAAAAAAAAAAAAAAAAAUGGCAUCAGAGGAUGGUUUCAGCUACCUGAUGCCAGGCCACAGUGAGAAACACAGACGGGCCCCGAACUGGACCGAUGGCGAAAUGAAAGCCCUCCUAUAUGUGUGGGAGGAACACCACAACGAGCUGAAAAUGAGCAAGAGGAACGCUAAGGUUUACGAGAAGAUGUCCCAGAGGUUCUUCCAGCUGACAGGAGAGCAGCGCUUCAAGGAAGAGAUCAAGAUGAAAAUCACCAAUAUGUCUUUUCAGUACAGGCGACUGAAAGCUACAGUUGGCGAAGGCGGCGAGGCGCCGGAUUGGCCGUACUACAAGGCCAUAGAGAAGAUCCUCUCCAAGCCGCUGGAGAACGGCAGGGUGAACUCUUUGGAGUUUCAGGCCUCUGCGGCGGGUCCCUCCACUUCCUCCCAGUCCACAGACAACCUGGUGCCCCAGUCAGAGGAGGGGCUGAUGGGAUUCCUGCCAGAGUACACAGGCUCCUCGGACGAGAUGGAGAUCAAACAAGAGCUGGACUCGCUGAGCUCUGAUAGUGAGCACACACAAGGCUCCAGCUCACAUCCUAUCUCAGCCAGGAAGAGGAAGGCCAGCAAGCACCUGUCCUUGAAGCGGAAGAAACUGCGAGUCUUGCAGGCUAUGCUGCAGCAACAGAAGAGGUCGAGCCGGGCCAUGGAGGAGACGUGCAGGGAGGUGCGUCGAGCCGUGCACCAACAGAACCUCCUCCAGGUCCAGUGUCUGCAGCUGCAGGAGCGCAUGAUGAACCUCCUGGAGAAGAUGAUCCAGCUUCCCGCCACUGCAUCAGCCACAUGGGGUCAGAGUGGGGUGAAGGAUCCGGGAAAACCAUAAAGUGUUUUUUGUUUUGUUUUGUUUUGUUUCUUUAUUGGGGGGGGGGGGAUGACAUCAUAGCAUUGCCUCACCUAUAGCCUUGUUGAAUACAAAAACAAAGAUGUAUUUUAUUUUGGCAUUCCAGGUUUAUCCUGUUGUGAGUAAAGCUCUGUGUAGAAAUGGUAGAGACAGGCAUGAAUUCAGGCUUUUACCAUUUCUGGAGGAGCAUCAUUUGUAGAAGGUAAACAUGUUAUUGCAUUUGUUAGCACUUUAGCAUCAACAUUAAGUCGGGCUCCAAUGUACAUUUUCAUUUUAGGAAUAGUUGUAUAAGAUUUUUCUUGAUAAUUUGCCAAGUACCCUAAUAAAAAUCACUGUGGGAACAACA